AUGCAAACAGCAACAUCAUCUGUUGCCGCCAAGGGCAUCCCCAUUCGCAAGGCCCCCUUGCCAGCCCUCUCCUCCUCCAAUCUCCCCGCCUCGUUCUCCACGAACGGCCCCAGCAUCGUGCCAAGGGACAAGAAGGGCCUCGCGGCUGGCAAGGCCCUCUCCUCGCCCUCGCUCCCUUGUGCCUCCUCCUCCUCUGCCGAAUUCAACGACCUCAUCCCGCACCAUCAGCAGCCCUUCCAUUUCGCCAGCUGCCAUUCGGCCCAUCAUCAUGAACCCAUCCACAACAUCGACGACAAGGAGCAGGAUGUGGGCGACCUCGUCUUCGACGACCUCUUCAUCUCCAAGGAGACCACGACGCCCACCUUUCGCACCACCACCUCUACUUCUUCUUCAUCUUCUUCAUCUUCUACUUCUACUACUUGCACUUCAACUCCCGGGAGCCAUCAUCGGCGCCAUCAUCAGCGGCAGCCCAGCACCAUCAACAGCGGCAGCGAGGGCGAGGACUCGUCGUCGCUCACCGAGGGCGCCGGCAGCGAGGGCGAAGACAACGGCGGCGGCGAGGGCUUCGAGCACGACAGUGGCGACGACGACGACCGUCAUCACCUGGGCGAGGAAGACGGGGAGGAGUCGGAGGAGGUGGGUCCCAGCCACUACCUCGACCUGGAGACGAGCAAGGUGGACCUCAACGACUUCACCCUCCUCAAGCUCAUCGGCCAGGGCGGCUACGGCAAAGUGUAUCAGGUGCAGAAGAAGGAUACGGAGCACGUGUACGCCAUGAAGGUGCUGCGCAAGAAGCACCUCAUCACCACGGGCGCGCUCGAGGGGACGAUGGUCGAGCGCGAAGUGCUCCGCUCGAUCCGCCACCCCUUCAUCGUCUCCCUCCACUACGCCUUCCAGACCGAGGGGAAGGUGUACCUCGUGAUGGACUACCUCAACGGCGGGCAGCUGUUCUUCCACCUCCGCGAGGAGGCCAUGUUCUCGGAGGACCUGGUCCGAUUUUACACGGCGGAGAUCGUGCUGGCGCUGGAGCACCUCCACCAACAGGGCAUCAUCCAUCGCGAUCUCAAGCCGGAGAACAUUCUCCUGAACUCGGACGGGAACCUGUGCCUGACGGACUUUGGGCUGUCGAAGGCCGUCGAGGAGGGCCAGUCGGCGCGCACCUUCUGCGGCACCCUGGAGUACAUGGCCCCGGAGAUGCUCAAGGGCCAGCCCUACGGCAAGGCCACCGAUUGGUGGUCCCUCGGCAUCCUCAUCUACGACAUGCUCACCGGCAACCCGCCCUGGACGUCGGCCAACAACUCGACGCUCCAGAAGAAGAUCCUCACACAGAAGCUUCGCCUGCCCACGUACCUCUCCCGCGAGGCCGCCUCCAUCAUCCGCCAGCUGCUGAACAGGGACGCCAAGAAGCGGCUCGGGAGCGGCAAGAACGGGAUCAGGGACAUCAAGGAGCACCCGUUCUUCAAGGGCGUGCCCUGGAAGAAGAUGCUCAACAAGGAGGUCGACCCGCCGUUCCGCCCGCGGAUCGAGAAGGGCGUGUUCGACGUGGGCAACUUCGACAAGAAGUUCACCGACGCCGCGCCCACCGACUCGCCCGUCAAGUCCAUCGACGACAUCACCGCCUCCCAGAGGGAGCUGUUCGCUGGCUUUUCCUACGUGCGCAGCUGCUCGCCCAUCGCCUUCUCUCCCUCCACCGCGAGCAACGGGGUGGACAUCACCGGGAUGGACAGCGCGGGCAACAUCGAGGAGGAAGAGGACAACACCGACGACGAGGAGGAGGACACGGCGUGA